AUGUAUUACCGCUCUGUUCUUCUUUACAGAGGAGCGUCAGCGAUAAACUGGACGUUGAUUGAAGGUGAUAAGGAAGCUGGACUGAGUAUCUUCUGGGCUGAUGAUGGCCUUGACACUGGACCAAUUUUGCUGCAAAAGACAUGCAAGGUCGAAGAGAACGAUACAUUGAAUUCGCUCUAUACAAGAUUCCUGUACCCAGCCGGAGUCGCUGCUAUGGCAGAAGCAGUGGAUUUGAUAGCCGCUGGAAAGGCUCCGCGAAUCGUUCAACCGACCGAAGGCGCUUCUUAUGAGCCAUACAUCACCGCCAAACCAGAGCUCGCCGAAAUCGACUGGAAAAAGACACAGCAACAACUGCACAACUUCCAUCAGGGUAACGAUAAGGUAAAUAGAAUAAACAUGACUAUUUAUUUGCGCCCCCAGGAUCAGAUUAUGCCAUUGUAA